UUACCGCAGUCAUGGCGGACAAGUUGUCGGAUAUUGAACUUGUGGAAGAAUUGAGUCGAUUAGGAGAAGAAGUAAAACAACCUAUCGACAGAAAGAAGAGGCCCAUAUUAGUCAAGAAACUAAACCAUCUAAGGGCACGAGAAAAUAUUGCAAACAAGCUGAAAAAGACAACAAAUUCACGUAAAAAACAGAACGUGGAGUUCAGUUCCGAAGAUGAAAGCGAAAUUGAAGACGUUGCGGCGCCAACUACUGCAAGUCGAUUGCCGGGUAGGAAACCCCUUAGACAGAACACAUCCGCAUACUCUAGUACUACAGAUACUAUAGAAAUGUCGCCUAGUACAAAAAGAACAAAUUUCAGAUCUCGACGAAGCAUAACCAGUGCUAAAGAUCAGCAUGUCGUUAACAACUCGCUGUCGAACACACCGGGUCCAUCAGGUGCAUCUAGAUUAUACCCCGAUCUCACCCCUUUCUCGGACACUGCAAACACAAGCUCCAACUCCAAAGCAAAAGGAUGGAAGAACCAAAGAAAUGCUCAAGAUGAAGAGGAUUCGUAUGAUUUCAAAGGUGACUUCUCGGACACCGACGCUGAAGAAAGUAUGUAUGAGGUAGUUAACCAGUCGAUGAACACAACAUUUCCUGUCGCUGACAGUGCAACAAGAAAUGAGGAGGAAGAGGACGAUGAUGCAGAUGAGGAGGAAUUUGUGAAUGACACCAGAGACUACAAUACUAGAUUUUCAAACAGACUUCGUAAUCGACAUGAAGUCACCAAGAAUAACUCUAGUAAAACAACUACAUCGCAAACAAAAAAGAGUAGCAAAACAACAAAUCAUGUAAAUUCUUUUACGGAGGAAGAAAUUAGACAAUAUGGUUUCAAAACACAUGAAGAUUCACAAAAAAUGAAACCACAAGUCGCAAGUUAUGUUUCCACAUUGAUUCUCAUUAUUGUGGCAGUAUUCUUUGCCUCCCUGGGAAUGUUAUAUAUUUAUAUGCGAAGUGAUCUCCUUCACGGAAUCAGUGGUGUCUUCAGCAUUACUGAUGAAAAUGGUUUUGUCCAGCUACCAUUAUGCAAGGACAAUAGUCAAGAGGAGGGGUGUUACUCGAACCAAGAGGCAGAAAGUGCAUUGGCAUUGGUUGACAUUUUGGAAACCUAUUUGAAAUCAAAGACAGGAGAUGAUGAAAACCACCUAAGCUGCACUGUUGAAGAAGCUAAAAAGGAAAUCCAGGAGCUUAACAAGGAAAAGAUGUUCAGUGGAACCUUGACUCUGAUCAUGAAAAACCCACGCUGGAAUAUACGGGUGCUGACUAAGGGGAAUGCACCUGCCUCAACUUGGAAAGAUAUCGACCACUUGGAGACUGACCCAGACCUGUCCCUCUUGGCAAGAGUCUACGGAGCACUGUACAAGAUUAUUCUGGGAGUUGUACUGUUACUCAUGUGUUUUGCGGUGAUGAUGUUUGGAGUACUAGUACUGAGACAUCGACAGAAGGCUCAAGAGGAAGAGAGAAAAAAGGUCUUCGGAAUUGUGGAGAAGAUAAUUGACAUGGUGAAGGAGAACUACGACAUGAAUGAACAGGACAGUCGUCAGCCGCCCUACAUGGCCGUUCAGCAUGUCCGUGACCAGCUCCUCCCACCUUCGCAGAGGAAACAGAUGGUUCCACUGUGGGAGAAAGCUGUCAAGUUCAUUGAGGCCAACGAGUCCAGGAUCCGUGUUGAGACUCAGAAUAUACAGGGGGAGGACUUUAUUGUCUGGCGUUGGCUACCGACUAAUUCAAGCUGUGGAAAAGUUUGGCAAGGCCAAGCUUUUGGAGAGAACAAGGUAGCAGCAGGAAGCACUCUCCAGUAUAGCCCAACUCCGUGUCUGAAAAUCCGCAACAUGUUUGAUGCUGAUGUAGAGACUGCAGACGACUGGGAUGUGAAUGUCCAGGAUGCUGUACUAGAAAAGUGUAAGGGAAUCACCGGUAUCCUACAUAUCUUUGUGGACAGGGCCUCCAGUCAGGGUUGUGUGUACAUGAAGUGUAACAGCUGUGAGACUGCCUACCAGGUGUAUCGUUCACUUCAUGGCUGGUGGUUUGACGGUCGCCUUGUGACGGUGAAAUAUCUGCGCCUGGAGCUUUACCACGAUCGCUUUCCCACGUCUAAGAAAAAUACAAGGCCCCUGCUGCCCUCGAAUAACAGCAUGGCAUCACUAUCCCACCCAUACCAUCGCUCAUUGCUCGAGAUGACAUAGGCUCAUAAGUGCUCCGUGGUGCUAUAUCAUCUUGUAUAUAUAUAUCUUAUUUGUUUCUACAAAUCAAUAUUGUUUGUCAUACUAAGAAUGAUGAAGGAUCAAGUGAUAUAAAAUUGUACAUUGUACAUUAGUAGUGCCUUGUAUGUAAUAAAAUUCAGAGAGAAAAAUAUUAACUGUGCAUGUAUAAGUUUGUGAAUGAUGUAAUCUGCUAUGUGAUUUUUUUGCCAUUAUAUUUAUCAUUGGGUAGUGACAUUGGCGGCGGCACAAGUUCAACAAUUUUAAAAGUGACUGUUAUAAUCCGUUAGAUUCAAAUUUGAAGAGAUCUUUUUUUUUUGCAAUAUUCGGGGUUAGGGUGGGGGAGAAUGUUUUACAAUAUCUUCGUAAUGAUUUGCUGCAGCAUUGCUUCUGUAAACGAAAGCAGAAUUAAGUUUUGAACAAUUUUCGGAAUACGAUUCAUCAGUUUGGUAUAAACACAAACAGGAAUUGAAAACUUACUUGACGAGCUUUCGGAAAAGUCUGUUUCUUUUGUCAAGAUAUGAGUGUAAAUUCAGGUUUUAUCCUUAAUUUUGAUUGUAGAAAAAAAAGUGAAAACUUGAGAUAACCACUUUCAAUAUUUAAAAACAUUUAAAAGUCCUAUACCAAGUAUUAACAGACAGAAUGACUAUAACUAACAAUGACUUUGUGAUACUUGCUUACCUGUAAUGUUACUACCCUUAUUGUUGUUUGGUUUCUAGUUCUACAACUGUAUAUUUGUUUAUGAGGUUCUUGAAAAAUUCAUUAGAUAUAACUCUGAACAUGUGUAAAAUUAAUUGGUCUGGAAAGUGGAACUUCAGAGUAAAAAAAAUGUAAAAUUGACAGAUAUCUUUUAAUUCAUCAACAAUUAGUUUUCAGUAAUAAUUGUAUUCACUAAUUCAUUUUUAAAUGUUCUUCAUUGUACUGUUUACUUGCAAUCGAUUCAAACAAAACUUAAGUUUGUGCAGAGAAAUUCUCCCCACUUGGUGAAAUUUGGUUAAAAUUCAUUUAGAAAGAGUUUAGUUAGAUUUUAUGGGCUAGAUUAAUCUGAGAUUAUAAAAUUGCCUGAAUUGAUAGUGCCAUUUAGAAAUUUAAUUUGUUGUUGAAUUGCAUCAUUUUAUGUAUAAUAACUAAUACUUUCAAGAUUUAUUUGAUAAAACUAAAUGAAUUUUAACUCUGUGAUGUGAAAUUUUUGAUAUCAGAUUGCCAGUGUAGUGCUUUCACUCAUUCAUCCCUGAAAUUUCAUAAUGAACUUUCCCAACCUUUGAGUUGGAAGAGUUCAAAUGUGUCUUCAGGGGUGAAUAAGUUAAUUCUCAAAUCUGUUAGAUACUAAUAUGAACACAAUCUGAAAAAAAUGCUUAUCAGGGGUGCAGGAUACUGAUCCAAAGUACUUUACAGUUUUACCUGAUAUUUGUUUUUAGCUCUGUUAUUCCGAAUGAUCAAGGUGAGCGUAUGCCACACCACUACAUCUGACAUCUGUCAAACGUUUCUUUCAACCAAAUUCUUUUGAGCCUCUGAAUGUAAUUUCAACGAAGUUGUCUUGAAAUAACAUUAGGUUUUGGAGGUUCAAAAAGAGGUAAUUUGGCCAUAUCACUAUCAGUAACGGCUACAGCGCUUUGUGAUUGAUAUCAACCAUAAACAAAUGUAUAAUUGAAACAUUUUUUGGUGUUUGGAAUUCAAAAUGGUACAAAUAGAGGGGUAGGGCCAAAAAGAAACUGAAACUUAGAAAUGGUUGAGAUCCCCACCCUAUAACCCUAAAAUGGUUGAGAUCCCCACCCUAUAACCCAAUAUGUAAUAGGUGGGUAUAAGAUAAGAACACAGUUAUUGUACCAUUUAAGUAAUUUCUCCUCUAGAACUAAGUGAUUAAGUUUGUUUGGAAGCAUCUUCAGGUGGUGACCCUCGCUUAGACAUUUAGAAAUUGGGAAAUUUAUCCCAGGGUCAUAACAAGGAAAUGGUUUAGACCCCCAUCCCUUUGACUAUAUACAAUUGCUAUGCAUUACGAGAUGCUAUGCUCGUGCUGACAUUACUGCUGGACUCCAUGGGUCCUGUCAACCCCAUUGGGACUUGGUCAGGGGUCAAAG